UUUUUUUUUCAGGAUAGGAACCCCAGUGUUGCUGUCUAAUUAAAAUUAAGAGCAUGCUAUCAAAAAGUGAAGCAAUAGUCUGGUCCGUGCUCUUCUCAACCGAAGCUCUUGCGAUCGUCGCUGGUAACCUUUUCUCGAUAUUAAAAUUUGCUGACACUGGCCAGCUACACAGGCGCAGUUCCUAUCUACUGAUAAACCUGGCAGCCGCGGAUAUGCUAGUUGGGGCAUGCGCCAUCCCUAUUUUCGUGUACCUUAUUGGUGGAUUGGGUCAGCUGUGGCCCGUAAAUUUUGGGACUCCUGUGUCUGCCUACAAAGCAUUAGAUGUUAUUUCAGGGCUUGCGUCGAUUCUGUCGCUUACCUUAGUAUCAUUAGAAAGGUUAUGCGCUACCCUGUGGCCUCUGCGUCACAGAGUAAUAAAAACACGAUUCUACGCGUCAGGAAUUCUGUUGGUGUGGUUCAUAGCUAUCGCGGCAACAGCAGCUGGACUUCUUACAAGUCACACUUCACCUUCCCUGAGAUUCCUCUUUUACAGUUCUGUUGUUAUUCUCUCUGUGUGCUGUGUAACAGUUUUAUCUACAAAUUUGGUCAUCUGGAUUCACGUGAGCAAUCGCCACGUAUCAUCUCACUUCCGUAACGCAGCUUUACAAGAGCGACGACUAACUAUUACAUUACUGAUUGUCACGCUAAUUUCCCUAUCCUCGUGGCUUCCGUUUACGAUUAUAAAUAUCGUGAACCAAGUUCAUCCGUUUUCAGUGAACCUGACACUAAUUUAUUUCACGAAACUGCUACACUAUGGAAACUCUUGUGCAAAUGUUUUCGUUUACUCCUUGAGGAUCACGGAGUUCAGAAAAGCUUUUGAAAAAUUAUUCUGCUGUCCUCAGUCUGCAAUCAGUGAGAAAGCUGUUUUGCUUCAGGCUCAAAUAGCACGUUUAUCAAAAGAUAUCCCAGCAAUGGAAAUGGGGAUUUUGACAUCUAACUUUUUGAACAACUACAGAGCGAGACAUUCACAAGGCAGACUCUUGACGUGAUCGUGGGAUCUGGACACAAAGGUAGCUACUUUACACUGCCGCUGACCUUGAGGUCUGAGAUAUGAAGCUUAAACAAGACAAUAAAGGCAUAUGACUCUCCAGUCGCACGUGCCUCUCUAUUAGUUCCCUAAUCUGAUUCCGAGAACAGCUAAAAUGGUCGGCGGUCUGAACUGUUGAUCCAUAAAUUCCGCAUCUGUUGCAAGAGAAUUGCUUGAUGAUUUCUGCCGUGUGGCUACUGAGAUGUGGAUGCAAUCGGGAGUUAAGAAAGCACUCGGCCAGCUACGGAUCGAACAACUCGUACGCGUCUUUGGUGUUCUCCAGACUAAAGCUACAUCCAAAGCUGAAUGGACGCACGCUAAGCACGCUUCAAUGUUUGCUUUGUAUGCAGUACAAGUCCGGCUAAAAGUUUAUCGAAAAUUUGAACUUCAGAAAAGUUGUUCAAACUAUCAAUAGCGCUUUCCAAUCUACCAAAAUUCCGGUUUGAACUUAGGAAAUUGCCAGUGCGAAAUGGAUUAGGAUUUUUGAUUAGCUUUUUCUUAUCCUAUUAAGUAAGUUUGUUCAACCUUUGUAUUAAACAUUUAAGCAAGAAAAUUAACGGAUGUUAAAAAAAUUGUCAAAUGAAUAAAUUUAAACUAGAUUUAAUC